UUCAAUUGAAAGAAUCGUACACCCUCGUUGCGUUCAAUCGCUGUUACUUGCUUGUAACGUACACAAAACGUAAGUAUGUGGAUUCAACGUUCUUCAAUUAUUUGAGGCAGGGCGCAACUCAAGGCAUCCUGAUUUCAUACUUACGAGCUCGAAUCCUUUUACAGACAUCUUCCAAAUGUCUUCUGUUCAUCUGUUCAGCCCCUUAUCACUUUGGGCCCAGUUACCCCCACUCCUGCUGUGUCAUACACUACAUCCUUGAAGAUACCAGGGAAUGGCACCCAAAACCUCAUUCCGGCGAAGAUUACACCUCGCCCUGCCUCGCGAAAACAGUUUCACGGACUCUGUUGGAUGUUGCUUGACGCCUGACCUUGAGGACGAAUUCGUGCCAUCGCCGAGUCCACCACCACGUUCCGCAUCCCCUGCCCAUAUCGAAUCGUCUCUACCCUCCAAUGGACCCUCCCAAGAGCCUGUACCUCAGUCUUGGCGACGUGCAUCUUCGUCAAAAAUUCCGGCCUCACUGCGGGCAAAACGUGCUCCUGCCCUCUAUUUUCAAACACCCAAAGAUCACUUCCGCGCAUGUGUCCGCAAAGUGAUUUCCAUACACCGGAAAACAACAAUCCUUUUGGGCUUCGGUCUCGCUGGUGCAGAACCUGGUAUUGACCCGCGCAGGCAGUCCGCAGAUCUGCAUUACGCGCACAUUCGUGAGCGCUGCGAGAUCCAAAUCGCCGACUAUAGUACCUUGAGGAGUAGCUUUGGAAAAUAUGGAUAAUGAGCGUUUUGUACAAAUGUUAAAUGAUAAGAGAAGUUCGGAGAGGGAGCCAUGGGUGAAGGUGAGGUGGAUAAACGUGUGCGGCAUCAGCUGGGAUGUGAUGAGUGCGCUUGCCCUGAAGUAUGGUAUGUAAAUGGCCACGAUUCUUCAUG